GGCUGGAGCAGAACGCCAUCACGGGUGCGACGGCUCUCGCGGAGGCCCUGGUCUCGAAGAAGAGCUGCAUACGCCUGGCUGGCAACCCGCUGGAGGAGGACAGCAUCCAUGCCCUGGAGCGAUUGGUUGAGACUGGUCAGCUGGGAAGUCUGGAUCUUUGGACCGUGGGCCUCAGCGAUCGUGCCUCACUGA